AUGUCGGCACCUUCACGUGCAUCAAUCCGAUUUACAGUGCCGAUGUUAAAUUCCCUCGCUUUUGUUUCAAUGUUUGUCAUUGGUGGUCUCAGCGGUAUCUAUAUGGCAAACUCGCCGGUAGAUAUCUACAUCCAUGAUACAUACUACAUCGUGGCGCAUAUCCAUUAUGUUGUCUUCGGUGGAAGCGUCUUCGCUAUCUUUGGCGGCAUCUUUUACUGGUUCCCCAAGAUGUUUGGGCGACACAUGAAUUCGACCCUCGGCAAGAUCACUUUUGGAUCACCUUCCUCGCCUUAA